AUGGUCAAGAUACUCUGCCUCCACGGCUAUGGCACCUCAGCGCGGAUUAUGGAGAGCCAGCUCCAAACCAUCAGAUCAAUGGCGGAUCCUGAAUGGGAGUUUGUCUUCGUAGACGGGGAAGUCGAGUGUAAAAAGGCGCCAGGGCUUGGAACCUUCACCUCAGGGCCAUUCCUCUGCUACAGCGACGACUUUGCCCCAUCCAACACGCGGCAUAGUCAUGAUCUGAUCACUUCUAUGAUCGAGGAUGAAGGUCCAUUCGACGGAGUAAUAGGCUUUAGCCAAGGUGGCUCUCUAACCAUGAGCUAUCUCCUCGAACACGCCAUGGCCGGCCUUCAACCACCAUUCAAAUGGGCCUGCAUCUUCUCCUCCGUCAUCGCCUUCUCCCCAGACGACGAUUUCCGCCACGACCUCCUAUCAGACCUCACGCCCAAGGAGAAGAAGACCUUAUCUACAUACCCCGACUGCGACUUCUCCGCCCUUCGCAAACCUCAGCGCCAACUAAUCGAAACGACAGCCAAGGCCUUCGCCACCGCAAAGCAGGGCGGCUUCAUCGCAGCGCACACAAACGAGAACUUCUGGCUUGAGGACGACCUCUCCCAAGUUCCACGAGCGAUCCAUCCAAGCCUGACGUCUGCGAAGAUCCCGAUUCCAACGGUCCACGUAACCGGGAAGAAGGAUUCAAAGGGCAUGGUCGAGCUCUCAAAGCUAAUGGCAGGGCACUGCGACGAGCGCUGCAGGCAGGUGCUCACUCACGCUGGCGGACACGAUGUGUCGAGGCAGCGGGACGAUGCCAAGAAGGCUAUCAGGGCAAUGGAGUGGGCUCACCGGGAGAGCGCGCAGCAGUUCUGGUAA